AUGAGCAGAUCUAUAAUUUCUUCUGCUCUUACAGCUGUGUUGGGAACGUCUCUUGCUGACAAACUCUUGCCGGCUCCUCCUGCCCCUCGUUAUUCCUACGGCGCCCCGGACCUGAGGGAUGUGGCCCCUUCCCUGGAGGGUCUAGAAGACCCCGUAGCCGUCCUGGCCGCCAAUAUUCCCGGGGGCGGCGUCCCUGGCCAACACUACCCGAUCCUGGCCUCUGUGCCACAAACCGGUUUCUCCUGCCAGGCUCAGGAGUUCCCGGGUUACUUCGCCGACACCACUGACGAGGCCCGCUGCCAGGUCUUCCACAUCUGCCAGUUCGACGGCCGCCUCGACUCCUUCCUGUGUCCCAACGGCACCGUCUUCAACCAGCAGUACUUCGUGUGUGACUGGUGGUUCAACGUCGACUGCGCCGCCUCCGAGCAGUUCUUCGCUCUCAACUCCGAGAUCGGCAAGAUCCCCGAGGACGCAGAUGCUUCCAUCCGCAGUGACGCUGGGACGCCCAACCAGCUGUACAGCGUCCCAGAGCAGCGUCAAGCUUCCCCAUCACCUCCCCCGACACCCUCACAGCUCUACAACAGACCCAACCGGCUCUAA